AUGAGUGAAAAGGCUGAAAGAGAUAAAAAGGCGAUCGCUACGUUCUACGCCGAAUUAAAUCGUUUCGGCCAGAACGGCGAAUAUGAACGCGCUAUAAAAACCUCCAACAAAAUCUUAAAUUUGGCCCCUCAAGAGUUUUUGGCGUUCCAUUACAAAGUAGUGUGUUUGAUUGAGUUAGGUAAAUUCGACGAAGCCAUCCGUCUGUUAAACGGCAACGCUCAAUUCGACGAGCAACUAGUUUUCGAAAGAGCGUACUGUCUGUACCGCGCCAACAAGCACGAAGAAGCUUUGAAAACGAUUGAAAAAAUUGAGAAUCUAGAUCUUCGCUCGAAGGAACUCAGAGCACAGAUUUUGUACCGUUUGGAAAAGUAUGAUGACGCGGCUACUCUCUACCGCGAGAUUGUUAAAAACACCGACGACGACUACGAGGACGAGCGCCACACGAACCUGAGUGCCGUUAUGGUGUAUUUAGAAGAUGAAGACACGAAAGAUAGAAUCGAAGAUUUGAGAGAUAACACUUACGAGCUUUGUUUCAAUAAGGCGUGUUUGUUGAUCGCGCACGGGCAGUACGCAGAAGCUGAGAAAAAACUGCGACAGUGCGAAAAGUUGUGCAGGGAAAUGUUGGAAGAGGAGGAAUCUUCUGAGGAAGAAAUCGAUAUUGAACUAGCUUUGAUAAGAAUUCAGCUGGCGUACGUUUUCCAGAGACAAGGAAGGGUUAAAGAAGCCCAUCAGUUGUAUAGUGCCAACUUAAAGAUAAAAUUGGAUGACGUGGCCUUGAUGGCCAUUGCUAGUAAUAACGUUGUUUGUAUUAAUAGAGACCAGAAUUUGUUUGAUUCAAAGAAGAAGAUGAAAGUUGCGCUCAACGAUACUUUAGUUUUUAAGUUGCCUUCAAAACAGAGGAAGUACAUUGCUCUUAAUAACGCCAUUCUGAACUAUUACAUACACCAGGUUGAUCAGUGUGAGAAGAUUUGCAAACAGAUUGAGAAAUCGUGGCCUGAACUUAACACAUACACUACUAUUUUGAGGGCUUUAAAUGUACUGAAGGGCGACGAUGCGAAAGACGCAAUUGCGCUAUUAGAAAAAGCGCUUCCAAGUCUCAAACAAGACGAGCUAUUUGUAAAAUUAUGCAUAGCACAACUUUACUUAGUGCAGGGUAACAAAGGGCAAGCUUGUAAAAUUCUCGAAAAUUUGGGCGAAAACACGUACAAACCUGGCAUAGUAGGUGCUCUGACCACUCUAUACUUAGGUUUGGGCGAUGAAGAGAAAGCACUCCGCGUCUUUGAAAGAAGUGUCGAUUGGUACAGAAAAAAUAAAACUGAAGAAGUCAAUUUGACGAGUUUGUGGCGCCAAGCGGCCGAAUUUCACAUCAAAAACGGCCACCCUCAAGUCGCUGCCAAUAGUUUGGAAGAGCUUCUAAAGAACAACAAAGGUGACAAGAAAAUUACGGCGCAGCUGCUGCUGGCUUGUGCGCAAUUCGACAAAGCGCGGGCUUUAGAGUUAAGCAAACAGUUACCGGGCGUCGACAGCCUAGCGCAAAAUCUCGACGUCGAGGCGCUGCAGUUAUCGGCACCGUCAGCCUUUAGUUUGAAAAAAAGUCCUGCCACUAAACAAGACUCACAACCGGGAACGCCGAAAUCGGAAGGUGGUGUCGAGAAGAAGAAGAAACAUCGCAAACGCAAGGGUAAGUUACCCAAGAAUUACAACGCCAACAUCUCGCCAGAUCCGGAAAGAUGGUUGCCGAAGUACGAAAGAGCCGGGUUUAGAAAGAAGAGGGAUCGCAGAGCCAAGGAGGUUAUUAAAGGUUCGCAGGGAACGGCUUCCGGACAAGCUGAGCAAUUCGAUUUUUCGAGCAAAGUUAACGAGCAAGAGGUUGAAAGUCCCACCGUCGUCGAACCGUCGCCACGGGCCAAGUCCCAACAUCAACAGAAGAAAGGACAAAAGAAGAAGAAUAAGAGGCGUUAGAUUGUUAUUUAAGUUGCAAUAAAAGGUACUGGUACAAGUAUAAACCGAAA